AUGUCUAUGCCUCCGCCCGGUGCGCAGUUCACGACCAGCCGAGCAGAAAAGCACGCGCGCGAGCCUAACAACGAGGAGGAAUCGAGUAGCGCGAAACGGUCGCGCAGUUCGCGGCAUCACUCGCACCACAGCCGGAGCUUCAGCGCACGGGUGAAGGAAGAGCUUACCCAGAUUUACGAGCGCGGGGUAUGCUGGGCUUGCAGGGCGCAUACAAGGAUCGAACGGGCACACGUUGUUCCACGAGAAGAUCCACAGCUUUCAGACCUCAGCGACCUCGGCCUCCUCAACCUCGAGUCCUACGGCGACCUGCACAAUGCCAUUCCUCUCUGCUCAAACUGCCACGAUGCAUUCGACAACCGUUACAAACCCAAGCUUGUCGUUGUCCCCGCAUACCUUGACUAUUUCUUCGAUAAGGAACGCGUCUGGCAGGAACGGUUUACCACCAUACCCGAGUCUCGCUUGCCGCCGACCGCCGAGACGUACUUCGAGCACUGCGUCCAAAUGGAUCCUCAAACGGGCAUCCCCAACGCCACAAGAGGAGGCGUGUAUAUGUGUUACGUCGAUCAAAAUUACAUGGCAGAAGGGUGGCCGGGACCCUUCGUAUACGAGCGUAACUGGCAUGGCGACCCCAUGGCCAUGCUAUAUCGUGCUAUCCAAGCAGCGGAACGCAUCGUCUGGUCCGGAAAUAUGCCCGUCGAGGUCAAGGACGACUUGAUGGAGCUACACGUGCUGUACGAGAAGGGUAACAAGCUACAGAGGCAGCUCUUUCGGGCCGGGAGCGGGCCGUUUCCUGCACCAUCCGCCCCAACCGCACAGGUUGGCUCGACCGGUCGCGCUGGCCCAUCAUUCCCGCCACCUUCCACAGGUCAGGGUUCCAGCCAGAAUCCGGAUAAUUCCCAGGACGCAUCGCAAGGGCCUCAUCAGCAAGGAAGCCAAAUUGUCUAUCACAAUCCCGCCGCCCCAUCCUUACCGCCUUCGCCGCCACCCACCGCUUCGCCAAAUACCGAGAAGAAGCGAUGUCGCGAGUCGAGUGAGGACGCCGAUGUAUCCGCAUCGCUCCCACCAAAGAAGCAUAUGCGUUUAGACGCGGACUAUGGCGUCCGCGUCGUGGAAGCUAUGGACCAACAUCUUGCUUCAAACGAUGAAUUCCCGAUGCUGCAUGUCUAUCUCGCGCAGAUCACGGCAAGCGCACCACCGCAUUCAGAGGACGACGAAUCGAAAAUACCCAAGGAGGGUCCCGAAAUGCCCGACCCAUAUUCAUCAGACUACACUUCGCAACCUGACAUCCACUUCGACACCUGCGGCCGGGGAACUAGCACGCUUUACCACAGAGCACACAGCUCGGCGUCUUCGGAUAAAGACGCCGAUCUGCACGUUCGUCGAAGAAGAGGCAGAAUAUGGCGGUACGGGCCGUGGUAUAGUGCGGAGGAUGCGGUGGAGCGUAAACGCGCCAUCCUUGGGUAG